AGUCUCAGAGUCAUGAGGUAAGGACCGACCGCUCCUCGGUUUCUCGCUUCCAUCUCACCCCUCAUUCCCUUAUAAUCUGGCUUUUUCCGACCGUACCGACCCUCCUGUCCUCUCCCGGUCCGGUUCGGUCCGACUAGAUGUGGCUCUCUUCCUAAACGCAGCGGAUAAAGACAUAAAGAGGCUCGCUGAUGAGCGCAGGUCAGACGGGAGGAGGCUGAUGUGUCCGGAUUUUAAAAGCUGCGGCGCAGAUUUCAGGAGGCGCUGCAGAGUGUGAAGAUGGCCAACACCGUGGCUUCCUAUGACCAGUUGGCCCACCAGGUGGAGGCGCUCCGAAAGGAGAACUCCCACCUGAGGAGGGAGCUGGAGGAUAAUUCAAACCACCUGUCCAAGCUUGAGACCGAGACAUUCGGCAUGAAGGAGGUGCUGAAACAACUGCAGAGUAAGCUGGAACAGGAGGCAGGAACCCUGGCAUCGUCUGGAAGGAGCGACGUGCUACACCAACUUAAAGAACUCCACAUGGACCUCACCAAUUACUACGAACUCAAACAUCAACCUCAUAACCUGAGGCUGCUGACAGGCAGCCUAGGAGGGGCGGGGCCAGGUGUUGGCGGAGGUGCAGAACUAGAUGAUCACCUAGCUCUGGCCCCGUCCUCGUGCUCCUCCUCCUCCUCGAUGGCCGCAGUAAGCAGAGGCAGGAGUCCUCACCGAUCGGCAUCCUGUCAAAGCACAGUGUCUGCCGGGAAGACUGCCGCUGUCAUCCUGCCGCAUCACUUCCUGGAUGGAGCCCCGCCCAAAAUAGCUAUGAUCACUGGAGCAGACGGACGAGUGAUUGACCAUCACCUGGACGAGCUGUGCAAGGAGAGGGACCUCCUGCUGGGGGAAAUUGACCGAGAAGAGAGGGAGCGCUGCUGGUUCUUCAGCCAGCUUGAGGAGCUGUCACAGAAACUGGCCCAGCUGCCACGCAUCGACACGUUUUCACUACAGAUAGACAUGAUCCGGCAGAAGCUGGAGUUCGAUGCUCAGAAGAUCCGGUCUGUGAUGGAGGAACGCUUCGGCACCAGUGAUGAGGUGGUUCACAGGACGCAGAAGCGUGUUGCUCGUCUAGAGCAGCUGGAGAAAGAGCUGCAGGAGGCCCGAGGGAGUCAGGAGAGCCAGCUACAGCUCUCUGGUGCCGAGAAGCCCCCUGCUGGAGAACCAGAGAACAGCAGCUCAUCAUUAGCCACAGCAGCAGGAACAGAAGCUGCAGACGGUGGUAGCAAGGUGGAGAUGGUCUUCUGGUUGCUCUCCAUGCUGGCUAACCGAGAUAAGGAGGAGAUGUCCCGGACUCUACUGGCUCUCUCCAGCUCUCAGGACAGCUGCAUUGCCAUGAGAAAGUCUGGCUGCGUCCCCCUUCUGGUCCAGAUUCUGCAUGAAGGCCCGGACGGAGGCAGCGGUCCUGGUGAGACAGCAGCGGGUGGUACCACAACAGGCUGCAGCCGUGAGGCCAAGUCCAGAGCAAGCGCUGCCCUCCACAACAUCAUUUACUCACAGCAGGAUGAGGGCCAAGCCCGCCGGGAGAUGAGGGUCCUGCACAUGCUGGAGCAGAUCCGGACCUACUGCGACAGUGGCUGGGACUGGAUCGAGAGCCACGCCGGGACACCUUCACCAGGGGGAACCAGAACCACAGAUAUCCCCGAACCGGUGGACCCUCAAAUCUGUCAGGCCAUGUGCGCCAUCAUGAAGCUCUCCUUCGAAGAGGAGUUUCGACGAGCCAUGAACGAAUUAGGCGGUCUGCAGGUGGUGGCAGAUCUGAUCCACCUGGACCAGGAAAUGUACGGCAUGCAGAACGACCCCAUCAACAUGGCUUUGCGUCGCUAUGCAGGGAUGGCUUUGACCAAUCUCACCUUCGGGGAUGUCGUCAACAAGGCCACUCUGUGUUCGAAGAAGAGCUGUCUCCAGGCUUUGGUGGCCCAGCUGGCCUCCGACAGUGAGGAGCUCCAUCAGGUGGUCUCCAGUAUCCUGAGGAACUUGUCCUGGAGGGCUGACAUCAGCAGUAAGAAAGUCCUCCGAGACAUCGGCUGUGUGUCUGCACUGAUGACCUGCGCGCUGCAGGCCACCAAGGAGUCAACGUUGAAGAGUCUUCUGAGUGCUCUGUGGAACCUGUCCGCUCACAGUAUCGACAACAAGGUAGCAAUCUGUUCGGUGGAUGGCGCUUUGGGCUUCCUGGUCAGCACACUGACGUAUCGCUGUCAGACCAACUCACUUGCCAUCAUCGAGAGCGGCGGAGGAAUCCUUCGAAAUGUGUCCAGUCUGGUUGCCACACGAGAAGACUAUAGGCAAAUCCUCAGGGACCACAACUGCCUCCAGACUCUGCUGCAGCACCUGCGCUCCCACAGCCUGACCAUAGUAAGCAACGCCUGCGGGACUCUUUGGAACCUUUCGGCCAGAAGCCCAAAAGACCAGGAGCUGCUGUGGGACCUCGGGGCAGUUAGCAUGCUGCGCAAUCUUAUCCACUCCAAGCACAAGAUGAUAGCCAUGGGCAGCGCUGCAGCUUUAAGGAACCUCCUAACCAAUCGACCGCUUAAAUAUAAGGACACUGCGGUUGUAUCCCCCGGGUCUUGCAUGCCCUCACUCUACAUGAGGAAGCAGAAAGCUCUGGAGGCAGAGUUGGAUGCCAAACAUCUCGCAGAGACCUUUGAUACCCUUGAGAAACAGAGCCCCAAACACCUGACCCUCAACAAGCCACUACGUUACAUCGAGAGUUUGGCAAAGGAUUACGCAUCUGAUUCCGGUUGUUUUGAUGAUGAUGAGGCUCCAAACAUCUCAAGUAGCCUGGACACUGGGAGUUUCUCCAUGCUGUCCAUGUUUCUCACCAACUCUAACCUCCUGCAAAACCAGCUUCGCAAGAGGGAUAGUGAGCCUGAGAGAGAUGUAGACCCGCCUCAGACUGUCGAGAAGAAACAUGCUUCUCCUGAUGAUGUGGUCUCUGCUGCUGCAGAGAAGCUAGCAAAAAAGAUCACCAACACAGUUGCCAAGAUUGACAGGUUAGUGGAGGACAUCACCAUGCACACAUCCUCUGAGGACAGUUUAAGCCUAAGCUCUGAGGACCACCUGGCAGACUGGCCUUAUGGACUGGAUGAACUCAAUGAAGCCCGGGCAAAGUCAUGUUCCCCCUGCCGUCUCUCUGAUACAAGCAGCUUAGCCCACAGGGAGCGGCUCAGCAGAGCCCAUGCCCUCUUGCGCCUCAAAACUGCCCAUACUAGUGUAUCAACAGAUAGUCUGAACAGUGGCAGCACCAGUGAUGGAUACUGCGGAAGCAAAGACCAGAUGCGCCCUGCACCAAAAGCUCUAAUGAUGCAACAGCAACGACCCAAUCAGCUCGACCUGAAGGUGGCUCAUCAAGAGUAUAUUAAUGUAGGACCUGCUGCCCUGAUUGAGAGUAGCCAGCAAGAAAUUCCAGAGAGAGAUUCUGCUGAAAACAAAAAUGGAAAAGUUCUAGAGCUCAGCAAUGCAAACACAGAAAAGAACCAAGAUCCACCUGUACAAACACCAGUUAGUGCAUCCACUAAAGUGUCCUCUGAUGUCAGCAUGACUUCAAUAAAACUUUCUCCUACUUAUCAACAGGUCCCUCUCAUUCAGAGUGUAGCCAAAUUUGGUGUAGCAAAGACUGCUAUCAAUGUCCAGGCUGCCCAAGCAAUGAGGCGGCAAGCAUGGGUACCUACUGUGAUGACAGGAGGGAGUAUUGCAAAAUUUUCUCCAAUCACUUCAACCAGAAGCCCAACCAUCGGAACGAUGGAGACAGUCCAGAAAUAUUCUGUGGAAAAUACCCCAAUCUGCUUCUCUCGCUGUAGCUCGCUGUCCUCCCUCUCCUCAGGUGAUGGAGCUCUGGAUGGGCAAAGUGAAAAUGAACUGGAAAGUGACUCAUCAUUAGAAAUAAUUGAAGUGGAAGAUGGAGAAAUGGUGAAGAGAGUUGAAGAGGAUGAAACCUUGGAGGAUCUGAGUGACAGUCAACUGCUAAUGACUGAUUCAAAAACCUUCCCAAGCAAAGAGACAAAUCCCAUUGAGAUCCCCUGUCCAGCCAAAAGGGAAAAAGUGUUCCUAAGAGGAGCUUCACCUGCCAUACUUGAAGACCGAUCACCUUCUAGUUCAUCUGAGAACUACAUCCAUGAGACACCCCUGGUAAUGAGUCGCUGUAGCUCGGUCAGUUCACUGGGUAGCUUUGAGUCUCCUUCCAUUGCCAGCUCAAUUCAGAGUGAUCCAUGCAGUGAAAUGAUUGAUGGAACAAUAAGCCCUAGUGAUCUUCCUGAUAGCCCAGGGCAAACCAUGCCUCCCAGUCGAAGUAAAACUCCAUGUUGUGUUGAGCCCAAUGGGCCAGAAACACAGAUGACAGGAAUAGCAGGGCAAUGGGAAAGCAGUCUGCGGAAGUUCAUGGAGAUUGCAGACUCUAAGGAGAGGUUUAACCUUCCUCCUGAUUUGGACACAAUGAUCUACUUUACUGUGGAAAAACCCACUGAGAACUUCUCUUGUGCUUCCAGUUUAAGUGCUCUACCUCUACACGAGCACUACAUACAGAAAGAUGUAGAGCUUAAAUUAACUCCCCUGCUCCAGCAAAACGACAACCCUGAGGAGGAUGAGCAAGGACCUGACAAUGGGGAGCGAUACAGUGAGGGCAAUUCAGAUGAUGACAUAGAAAUCUUAAAGGAAUGCAUCAACUCAGCAAUGCCAUCAAAGUUGAGAAAAGUAAAACCUUGCCUGAUGACCACGAUCCCUCCUCAUAUUCUGAAUUCCCAGGCCCGAAAACCAAUUCAUCUUCCAGUUUACAUGAUGCUCCCAAAUGGCAAAACCCAAAUGUGUCCCGGGAGAAGAAUUGUCAUCCCUCAAAAAGACUUAAAAUUUGAUGAUUCAUCUUUUACUGAUUCGGCAGAAGGAACACCUGUCAACUUCUCAAGCACGACAUCUUUGAGUGAUGAAACACUGCAAUAUCCAGUGAGGGAGAGGGGGGCUAAAGACUGCACAGCUAAAGGGAUGAACAAACAGAACAAUGAGGCAAAGAGGAUUGAAGACUUGAGAAUAUUCUCACAUUUCCACAAACCCAACCGGAUGAACUACUCACCUGAGAUACAAAUGAGCAGAACAACCAGACAUGUCAUUCCCACUCAGAAGGUGCUGAUGCAGAGCAAAGAGGUAGCUGAUAGAGUGGCAAACCAAAAAAAUCGUGAACAGUCUCCUAAUCAACAAAGAAGGAGACAAGAUCAAGGCCCCAUCAGAAAACUGGAACUGCCUGUCAUUAAGCAAAACACAGAAAGUAACAUCAAUAUGGGUUCACAAAAAGGAAAUAAAAUGUACCGACAAACAACACUCUCUUCAGAGGACAGCAACAGCUUCUAUGACAAUGACAAUGAGGUCAUGAAUCGAAAACAUAUCAGAGAACCAUGCAAAAGCAAUCUUUCCCGAAGCAUGACAAAUAUUGGCCGGUCAGAUAAUUCCCAAGCAAAGUCCAGAGGGUUUCACAGGAUAAAACAGAAUCUGAUAAAAGAUGAAUCAAUGGCUUGUUACUCACUCAGCUCCUCUCUCAGUUCACUGAGUGAUGCUGAAUAUGAUGAUCAUAAAUCAAAAGCCCAACAAAUAUGGUACAAGAACAGACACAAUAAAGCAGUGAACAUAGUACAGCAAACAAAGCCAGUGAACAUUCACUGCCAAUACGAAGAGCAAAGCUCGCCAAGUUCUGUCAGCAUGGAUUCAGAGGACGAUCUCCUUCAAAAGUGCAUAACAUCUGCCAUGCCCAAACAGAGAAGGAAGUUGGCUGCCAGGAAAAAGAAAGCAGAAAAUACUCAAAAACAAAAACACAAGGUUUCUGGUGGGUGGGACGUGGAUGAGGAAAUAGAUAGUGAUGACAUGGCAUGGGAUAAAGAGUCAGACCUCAAUAGUGUUGAAUGGAGAGCCAUACAAGAAGGUGCUAACUGUGUGGUCACUGGACUACAAGCUUCAAAGUCUCAAGACCCGUCCUCUGAAGAGACUGAGUCGGUCCUGUCAUUCAUGUCAGCAUCCAGCUUUACACCCAAAGAAAGAAAGUUUGCUAAGGACAAAAAGGCAAAUAAACCUUUAGACUUUGCACAGCGCAAGCCAGUUCCAAACUUACCAGUGGUUUUCAGAGGCAGGACAGUGAUUUAUACACCGAAAAAAGAGACGGCUCCAUCACAAAGACCACCUCCCAGAAAAGUACCAACCAAAACAGAUGCUCCAAAGAAUCCAAACCUAGCGCAGCACAGAUCAAAGAGCCUUCACCGGCUAGGCCACCCCCAGGAUAUGGAACUGUCUUUGCCAAAGAGGAGCUCUACCCCACCGCCAAGAAUACCAAAAAGUUCAUCUUCUGGAUCAUCGCAGAGCUCAACACCAUCCAAACAGUCACAGAAGAAGAUAACUUCUCCAGCUCAGACUAACAAAUCCAUCCAGAAAAAGAAUGCUACACCAGCUAGUAGCCCACCAGCUACUAGUCCUCCUGAAAGAAAAGGACGCUCUCCUGUUGUGAAUCAAAAUGAGAAAUCCCCACCACCUAAAACUCAAAAGUCUCCUGUCCGAAUUCCUUUCAUGCAAAAUUCUGUCAGGCAAGCCAGACCAUUGUCCCCACUGGUGACAAACCAAACAACUGGUAGACAAACAAACCAGGUCAAUGGGAAAAGGGUGGUACCGGCCAAUCGGUUUGAUCUCGUUAGGAUGACUUCUGUCCAUUCAAGUGGCAGUGAGUCUGAUCGCAAUGGAUUCUUGAGACAGCUAACUUUCAUUAAGGAAUCAAAGACCAUGUUGAGACGUGACAGCUCUGCUCGCAAUACACCAGGAUCUCAGAAUGGAUCACCUCGCAGAGCAGUUCCUGGAGCUUCAGCUGUCUUCUUGUGCUCAUCCCGAUGUCAGGAACUUAAGGCUGCUGUGCAACCCCCAAGAAGGGUGCAAGUAAAAGAUCCAGAUCAAAAACAACAAAUCCAGAGGCCAAACACCAGCCUUCAGAAGCAGACAGCAACUCUAUCAAGAGCAACAUCCAGUGAAAGGGACCUAUCUUCAAGACGCUCAGCUAGGAGAACAAGCUCUGAAAGCCCCUGCAGGGUGGCUCAGCGAAAUGGACCUGGAAGAGUUUCUGGACUCAGGCAGCAGCAAGACAAGGACACCUUUAAACGUCAUGCCUCAUCACCAAGCAUAAACAUACUAAGCCGAGUGACCAGUCGUUCUUCCCUCCGCUCCUCUUCAUCUGAUUCAAGUGGAAGAGCGAAGAGUGAGGAUGAUACCAAGAAGAAAGGGCAGAGGUCCGCAUCUCGACUAAAAGAUGGAGUUACCUGGAGGAGGAUCAGGGAUGAAGAUGUACCUCAAAUCUUGAAGAGUACUCUGCCAGCAAAUGCAUUACCUCUGGUGCCUUCUCCUGAUGGAGAAAAGCCAAAGCCACCAGCUCUUCCAGGAAAAUUGCCAACCAUUCUACUUGCUUCCCGCAAGACAAGUGAUGCAACCGUCCAGACAGAAGAUUUAUCAAAUAACAAGACCAACUCAAGUACCUCACCUACAGUCGAAACAGCUCCGGUGAUCUCUGAGGAAGUAGCAAGACUGGCCCUCCUCAGAAAGAUUAGUGCCACCUCUGGGAGUAACCUCCAGGAAGGAGAUUCAGAAAGCUCUCUGAGGAGCACCGUCUCCACUGGAACAGCAGAUAGCCACAUGGGCGGAGUUGUGACUUUCCGACAGGGAUCCCCAAGCAAGGCUGCACGAGUCACUCCAUUUAAUUACAUCCCCAGCCCCAUGACAUGCUGUCUACAAGACAGCCAGAACCAAGUAGGGACAAUAAUUGAGAAGUCAGGGGAAAAAAAGUGAGUCAUGGGGUAUUUGGUGGAUUAUUGGUUGAUACAGAUGACUCUGCACUCAGAUGGACAGAUGAGGAGUGUGCUGGUCCCUAUACCUCGGGUAUUGACCCUUAUUUAAACCAUUCACUGGAAUCAAAAUUUUUCUCUGAGCAAUUGAUUAUGGCUUCCUUCUACCAUUCAUACAAAGUUGGAUGUAUGCAUUGAGGCAAGUCUGACCUGAACAAACCACCAAUAACUGUCGGUUAUUGCACUUCUAAGGAAAAUCUCACAUGAAGAGAACGUGCAUUUUUGUACUCCUUUUUUUUGUAUUUGUAGAAUAAUCAUUGCCUAGUAGAAAUUAGAAAUUUCAGCACGUAUAUCAUCAGUCUCUUGGACACAAUCGAUUAAAAAGACCAAUAUUAUGCAAACUUUUGAAUGAUCACUUGGUUGGACUUCUACAUAAAAAGGUUCAAACUGUGGCAGACUGUUGACAGACUCUUACUGACAUAAAUACACUAACAUGUAAAGUAUUUUUUACAUAAAUACAUCAUCGCUUGGAGUCCUCCUUCCGUGCUCAGCUGAAUAUGAUGUUAGCCUUUCCUGUUACAUACGGAGCCCAGUAGGUUUUCCACAUUUCCGAGGAAACCAGUUGCUCAAAUGCACUUUUUCCCCCCAAAUCGCUGUCCUCUAUCAAUAUUACACUUGUAUUUCUGUGAAUUUUCCUAUUUUAUUAAUUUCCUGAUGUGUGUAUACACUUUGUGGAUGUUUUUGGAAAACUCAAUGCAUUGUUGUCUUUUCAAAGGCAUCCUUUGUAAUGCGUUAAAUGAUAAAAAUGUAACUAGUACAAAACGGAAAGAUCUGGAUACCAAAAUGAAGUGAAAAUGAAUAUGUUGAGGUUUUGGGCGUGAUUGCUUGACAAUAUGAAUAUACAAGGUGUGAUCAAAAAGUUCUUUUUAAAAAUCCAAAAGGAAAUCACAAACCUUACCUGAUUUACAAUUGGUCAGUCUCACAUUCAUGGUCAUCAGUGCUAUUUUUAGAUCUCUCUAGAAGUCCUGCUUUUUGAUGCACAACAUUUCAAGUCAUUUCCACUGAAUGUUCUCACCAAGUGCACGAGGACAGGACUUCCACAUAAUCAUUUAAAUAAAGCCACAUUAGACGCUAUCUGCACAUGCCCAAAAAGAUGAGCUUGGACAGAAAAUCAGAAGUGUAAAUCGAAAUGAUUUUCUUGGUCCUACUCUCAGAACGUCUUGUUCACACCUUAAAAAUCCACCAAACAUAUUUUUGUCCAGUCUUGCACAACUGCUAUACCACACAUUUUCGGAUUUUUUUUACAUUAACACAAAGGUGAUAAUUAUGUUUAUUUCAAGUGAAAUGUUGGUUAAUCUUCCUAACAUUUUGUCCAUUCGCUUAGAGGGGCAAAAUAUAAGAACUAUCCAUUAUGACCUUGACAGUAAACAAUACCAUUAACACCUUUCUGACAAUCUAUUAGCAUCAUAAAAGCAGACAUCAUGCCGCAGCUGUCGAGUCAGAUUGCACAUGUGUUUAGUGAAUGUCUGAAUGUAUAUUGCUAUACAAAACUUUUACUCUACAGCAAUGAAUUAUAGCAGUUUAAACUGAGCAUUUCCAUAAAACAGUUCUACUCUGUCAUUUGAAAAUUGCAAUGACCCAAACAUGCAGAAAUAUUACAGCAUCUUCCACAGAAAGCAUCAGCAGAUUCUGAACGAUUUCACUCUUUCCAGUUCUCUUAAUGUGUCUUAAUCAGUAUUGUAAAUAUGCAGAUAUACUACAGCUCCAUGGUGGGUAGAAGAGCCUUGGUGUCGCUCCCUGACAGCAUGCUAAUAUAUUCACUGACUGUAUACACACACCUGUUAACAUUGUGGACACUGAAUAAUAUUCAGUGUUAAUAUACUCUCCAAAGCCCGACAACAGCGUUACCUGCCAUCUGUAUUGUUGUGCUGCAAAAACCUAUAAAGAUAUAAGCUGUCAGCAUAGAUGAGCAAAGCGACUCCAUGCCUCUGACGUUGUGUUUGCUACUAGAUUCAGGUACUGUUUGCUACUUCACUGAUGGUCGGGCUUUGAGUGGACAGACAUGCGUUCUCACAGAAGUCAUCUUCUGGAAGUCUUUAUAAUGUGUUAAUAUCCGCUUAACUGUAUUGCUGUAAAAGUAGUGAUAGGUGGAAAGUACAAAGACGAUGAAUAUUCUCUGUAAUUGUACCAUCACUCUUUCAUGUGUGCCCACUGAGCUGAAUGGGAUGAAAGUUAGUCUACAUUAAGGGGCCGGUAAUUUAAAAAAACAUAAUUCCUUACUGUGUUCUCAAAGCAUGUUUCAAUAAAACCCAAGAAGCUUCCGAAUGCAAUCCUUUCAAGUCCCAACACCCAUUUAAAGUUUUAAAAGUGAUUCAGUAUAGAAAUCUAUCUCUUGAGUGUCAAACACGAUUCAAAGCUCUGGAAGAAGUAACUGAAAACAUCUGCAGAAGAUUGCGCACAUGAUUACAGUAGUGUGGUUCAACAAAGCUGAGAAAGUCACAGAGUGUUUUAGUCUUUUAAACUGUUAGGAGAGCAGUUCAGAGGUGCAGCUGUUUGCUACUUUAUCACUUAGCCAACCAGAAAAAUCAAAUAACCUAUUAAAUCCUUAGCUUAACAUAUUCCCCAUGAAAAAGCAAAGGAAGAAAAGUCACAUCAAUAAGAUGUAAAAAAUCGCCUGUUCUGACUUAACAUUUCAUCUUCAUUUGAUAUUUUUCACUCUUUUAUGAUGUAGACCUAACAAGUAAUUGAGUAAAUAAGUAGAAUAUUAAUCAAUAAUAAAUCAGUUAAAAAAAGAAAUCUGAUCUGAGCUUUCCUAACCAGGGAAAAAUAUUCAAACGUACUGAUUAAAAUAUUUCUGAACAUCCAGUGAAAACCUUUUGAGCUUGUAACUGUAGACCUGAGAGGAAACUAGCUGAGUGUUUGACACUCAAAAGACAGAUUUAGGGUGCAGAAUCACAUUAGCAGCCCCAUCCAGACUGAAUGAGGUGUGAACAAGAUGAGCAGGGAGACAAAUACCAUCUGAGUCUCUGCUGGUGCCUUGUUUAUGCGUGACUGGAGACAAGUUUAAUGCAGGUCUGAACCUAACUGUGAACUUGGUCGAAGCAUCGUGAGCAUGAACAAGGCUCCAGAGGUAUCACGGUGCAAAACAGACGUAUGUCAUUUUAAAUGUCUUCAUUCAAUAAAAAGUGAUGUGUUUCCUUAAA